UCGGGGUGGCGUGGGAGUCGGGGUCAGCCCUGGAACCGGGCUCAGGUCACCGGCGCCCACCUCCGCGGACUUGAACCUGGACCCUGAGGCGUGAGGCCGUCCGUUACCUUCGGGCACCUCGCGGGGUCGGGCGGGAGUGCUGAACGGAGCCCCGGUUCCUGAACACGGGUGUUUGCUUGUUUUUUUCGGGCCUAGAUUGUCGUGUAUCCAAUCGGUUACCUUUGGGCCAUAUUGUAUAUCUGACUACAGAAACCUAAUGUCACAGUAACAAAAUGACAGUUUGAAAAAUGCCAGGAUCUGAUGUGUGUUUUCCUGAUAACCCUUGAAAGCGUUAGUAUCUCACUGCACACCGGAGGGGCUGUGCCCACGAUAUAUAUUUGCUAUUAUGGAUCGUUUCAGAGAUAUAUCAGAAGAUGAAGUGGACCAUUCUUUCUUUGACAGUGACUUUGAAGAAGCAAAGAAAAGUGAAAGUAACUCAGUUUUUGGCAAGCAAAAUGAUUGCCCUAAAGAGAGAAUAGACAAAGAUACAGUAAAUGUAAACUCGAAAUUUGGAAUGCAGAGAAAAGAAAAUGAUCUUGCUGAGAAAGGAAAUGAAAGAAAAGAGAAAAGUCCUUCAGAAGAACACCCUAUAGAAAAUGAUAAUGCACAAACCAGAAAUUCUUUAUCAUUGACAACUUCUUCAAGAUCAGAAAAACUGUGUGAUGCUACAAUAGGACAUAAAAUACACUUGACCAUUCCAAAUAGAAUUCCCAAAAUGGUAAAAGAAGGUGAAAAUGAUUAUUAUACAGAUGGAGAGGAAAGCAGUGAUGAUGGGAAAAAACAUUAUGUCCGGUCCAAGUCAGCUAAACCAUCUAGUAAUAUCAAAAAAGGCAUAAGUAAAAAGUAUUCCAAAAGUAGUUCCUCUUCCUCUUUGUCCUCCUCAUCUUCAAGUUCAGAUACAGAUUGUUCAACUGCAGAGUCUGAUAAUUGUACACCUGAAUCAUCUCCAUCAUUAAAGAAACAUCUCUCUGGUAUAACCCACUUGUCACCAAAACAGAAAUGUAAACCAGGAAAAAAAUCAGCAGGAACACAGCCUACAAGUACUAAAUCAAAAGUCGGUGACUACACUGAGGAAUCUGAAGACACUGUGACAGAUGUCACUCCUUUAUCGACGCCAGACAUCAGCCCUGUUCAGUCUUUUGAACUGGGCACAUCAAACCAUCAAAAAGUAAAAGUUAAAAGACAAGAAAAUGUGAGUCAAGAAGUGUAUGGAAAUGUUGAGGAUUUUAAAAAUAAUUUGAAAUCAGCCAAAAAAGGGAAAGAAAAACAUGGAGUAGAUCUCACCUCGAAGUCUUCAGUGUUAGAUUCCAAUUUAGACCGUAGACAUAAACAAAAAGCCAUACAUGACACAAUGGAUCUGAAUCAACUCUUGAAAGCUUUUCUGGAAUUGGAUAAAAAGAGACCAGAGAAACAUCACUUAGAUCAGCCUUCAGCAGCACCUAGGAGAAACUACUCUUUCACAAGAGAGGAGGUGAGACAGAUUGAUCGGGAAAAUCAGAGGCUUUUGAAAGAACUGUCAAGACAGGCUGAAAAACCAGGAAGCAAAAAUAUGAUUCCUAGAAGAUAUAGUCAUCCCCCUAAGUUAUAUCACAGUGCUGUCAACAGACAGAAAGAACAACAAAGGAUUGAAAGAGAAAAUUUGGCUUUAUUGAAGAGACUUGAAGCCGUGAAACCAACAGUUGGCAUGAAACGGUCAGAACAGCUAAUGGACUAUCAUCGCAAUAUGGGUUAUCUCAACUCAUCACCAUCCUUAAGACGAGCAAGAUCGACUCUCAGCCAGUAUAGCUCAUUAAGAGGCGCUUCCAGGACAUCUAGUGCUACCAGUGGUCUCAGUUGUAAGAGUGAGGGAGCAGUUUUUGACAAAUCCAGUGGCCUGUUGCUAAGACCUAAGCCCCCUAAUGUUCGUACAGCUUGGUUAUAAAAACUUUUUACUUUAAACAUUGUUCACCCAAUUCUUAUUGAAAUGCUCUUGUACAUUACUAUAAUUCUCUUUGUAAACAUCUCUAAUAACUGUUUUAAGAAUUUUAAGUUGUACAACAGCAAAUUGUAAUUUAUUGUACUUCAAUGCAAAAUUGUUUUCAAAAAAGGCAAUUUAAUGUAAAGUCAGUGUUUCCUGUGAGGGUGUAUUUAUAUGAGAUGUAUAUGUAUUUAAUAGGUAAAUGCAUGUAUAUUGUCUUAGCAUAGAGAUCAGUUCAGCUCUCAUGCUGAUAAAACAGUUGUAUUACUGCACGUUGGCACUGAGAUGUUAACUAUGUACAUCUCAUUUUAUUUUUAUUUUCACCUCUUAUAAGCUUUAAACCAUGAACAUUACUCCUCAACUUGACUGGCUUUGUUUUCUGUUUGCUUUAGGACUUAAGUGGUAUGAUUCAUAACUUAAUUGUAACACUUUCUUAUUAAUGGAACAAAUCUUGAAAUUCGUUUUCAUUGUUGGACCUAAUUUACUGGGGCAGUCCUUAUGAUUCGCCAGAGGUAUCUUCUACCUCUGUGUAAGUGUGCUGAGUUACACCUUAACAUUUCAUCAGCCAUUCCAAACCAUUUCAAAUUGUGAGUAUUAGGAAAUUCCACUUAGAAGCUCCUCUUUCAUGUUGUUGUACAUUCAGGUAAAGUACUAUUAAUGAUGCUGAAAAAUAAGGUAGGCUUGCAAGCUACAGUCUACUUACAUUGUGAAUAGUUUGUCCAAGGACCAGAUCAUCAUAAGCAAAAGCGAGUAUUUUUUGAAUCAGCAAAAUAGCACCAGUCUCAAGAAGUAGAUCUGAGUUGUAUCAGAACAGUGUUUCAAAUGAUACUGUUAACAAGCUGUGUUACAUUUAGUAUUUAUUAUAUUAAGAGAAGAGAAAAGAAAGAAAUGCAUUGUCUCGCAGCCUUAGAACUUACAGGUAGUGGUUUUAAGGGUUGAAAAAGAAAACUAAAAUAUAAGCGAUAAAGGGGGGGAGAAUCAUAUAUUUAUUGAGACUAUUUUAUGUCUGCUAAUUUGCUUGUUUUGUUUCAAUCUGUAGGCUCUUAAAGUAUAUCUCAGUCAUGGUUGUGCCUGCUGUUCUAGUUAUCAUUGUCUUUCAUUACUGGCCUCUUUAGUAUGUCCUUAGAAUGUUGGAAAAUUUCCAUAUUAAAUGCCAAACCUUUCUUUUUCUAAUAUGCAUUUGUGAUCUGUAACCACAAUAAGAAUAUUUGUAUUUUUCUGGGUUAACUCAAGCUCUGUAGCAUGUAUGCAGAAAGCCAAACUGCAUUUUACUGAACAUCAAUUCCGAAUUUCUUGGUCUUAGUUUGUGUUCAUCGAUUUUGUUUAAGGUAGGGCAUGUGAGGCGUGGGAACAGUAGGGCUAAAGUAAUUCAUGUGAACACAGCCUGACUGUCAGAUAGUUCUUCUUUCUUUGGGCUACAGUUCCUUCACUGUUGUUUGAAGCUCUGUUCUGGUGAACAGGUUUUUACAUCAUUUGGUACUGCUUUACAUAUAAAAUUUAGCUAUACUAAUGCAAGGUUUUAGUUUUUAGCUUACUGUACUUCUCAUGUUUGUAUAACAACCUAUCUUUAAGGAGAGAUAAGGUAACGUUGAAUUUAAAACUCGGCAUUUGAACAUCAGUCCAAUAGUGAUUAGCCAGUAUUUUUUAAUUGAUUUUUACAUUGUUAGAAAAAAUAUAUGUCAAACCUUUUAAUGUUCAUAAUGACAGUCUCUAGGAACAUUUAUAUGGUCCUUGCCAUAUUUUAGGUACAACACAUAAUUUCAUAGAUAAAGCAGUACUUUGAUUUUUAGAUACUAAAUUAAUGCCUUUAUUUGUACUGCUUUGACAGGGAGGUGCUUCUAAAUGUAACUGAUAACAGGGAUUCAAAGUAAAAGUCAGGAAGAAAAACAAUAUUUGUUUUUUUAAAACAAUUUAUAAUACUGUUGUCAUGAUUACUUAUAUAUGAUAAGUGUAAAUAGAAGGCUAGGAAUUGAAAAAUGUGAUAUUCUUCAAGGUACUUUGAAGUUAUGGUUUAAGAGGCAUUUUUUAUGAAGGGCUCGUAAUUAUACUGUAUUCAUUUUCAAGAACAUAAAAAGUGAAGGAUCACCUAGUACUACUUUAUAUUUGGUUCACUGGUACCUUGCUGUUUAUACUUUGAAGAUUUACUUCUGCAAAAUUACACUAACCCAAAAUCUAAAUUAUUAGGCAAGAUUCUUAUUGAGUGUUAUUUUCAUAUCUGUCAAAUGCUAAACUAAUAUUGCCUCUUUUCCAUAAGAUUCUGUGAAAGAUUUUGAACAAUUAAAAUUAUUUCCUAAGAAAUAUCUAUUAUCUUGGGCUUUCCCUACUUCCUUUUUUCACUAUCCAUUAAAAGCCACUUUCUUAGCUACUACUACAAAUAAAAUGUUCUGGUUUGCUUAUAAACAUAGUGUAAUGCAGUUGUUUUCAACCAUUAACCCAAAUGUCCAAAAUGCUUAUCUAGACAACUUUAAAAAGAGGUCAUUGUGAGGGAUAUGAGUGUGUGUGUCCCAUCUUCAGACUCAAGUACUGCACACUGUGAAAAGUAUUAUGACCAAUAUAAUGCCGAAGAUACAAGUUUAAUUAUUAUAUUUUGAUAAUUCAUAAAAUGUUUAAUAUCUUAAAUGCCAAAGUCUUUACCUAUAAAUGAUUAUAUACCAGCCUAGAAAAUGUGCUUAAUGAUAAUGACUUUAUUUUCAUGCAUAAAGGUCAGUAAGAAAUUGAAAAAUCAAUAUCCUUUAAAAAUUUUUCAGUCCAUUGUAAUGUAUUUUGGUCAUGAAGAACUAGCUUGGCAUAGUGAAGAAAGAAAUAAAAGAAGUAAAUCUGAGUUUU